AUGGUCUCAUUCACGAACUUCUUCGUCGCUCUCACUGCUGUUGCCGGAGUCUUCGCCAGCCCUACUGCCGAGCUCACUAAACGCCAGUCAACUCCGAGCUCGACAGGCUUCCACAACGGGUACUAUUACUCUUGGUGGACUGACGGUGGUUCUCAAGUCACCUACACCAACGGCGCUGGUGGUUCCUACAGCGUGAACUGGGGCGGUGGCGGAGGCAAUUUUGUAGGUGGCAAGGGCUGGAACCCCGGUGGUCCCAAGACCAUCCAAUAUUCGGGUACCUACAACCCCAACGGAAACAGCUAUCUUGCUGUCUACGGUUGGACCAAGAACCCAUUGAUUGAGUACUACAUCGUUGAAAACUACGGCACCUACAACCCUGCUUCUCAGGCCGAGAGGAAGGGUUCUGUUACCAGCGACGGCGGAACUUACGACAUCUAUGUGAGCACGCGCUACAAUCAACCUAGCAUCGAAGGCACUGCCACCUUCAGACAGUUCUGGUCCAUUCGAACUCAGAAGCGCACCGGGGGUACUGUGACUACUGGCAACCACUUUGCGGCUUGGGCACAGGUCGGCCUCACUCUUGGAACCCAUAACUAUAUGAUUGUGGCCACCGAGGGAUACUUCAGCAGCGGUUCCGCCUCGAUCACAGUCAACAGCCCUCCCUGA